AUGCCCUCGGCGAGCACUUCGAGCCAAUUUUGCUGUUGUUCGACUCGUGUGAAUCAGACACCGAUUGCAGUUCCAUUAAACACGAGAUGCCAAUUACGAAUUCCUCGGAUUGUCUUGAACGCUGAUGAUGAAUCCUACAGAGAUUUCGAAGAAGGCCCUCCUCCUUCAGAUCUAUUGGAGAUUGAUGUUUCCAAUCUUCCGACAAAUAUUCAAACAAUCGAGCAAUCCUUGAAAAUCGACGAAGUUGGAACAGAUCGUCGAAUUUCGAUUGGCAGCUUGUCGCCGGCGAUCAUUUCCAAUACCGUGUCUCGUCGCGCCAUCGCCCCGCCUCAAUUAAUUUUUGCGGUUCUCGCGAUGACUUGCGCAUUCGUUACGGGACUCAUCACAACAAUCGGCGCGUUAUUCGCGAGACCAACGAAUUCUCGAACACACAAAUAA